CGUAGGAAGAUAAUGCUUUUGCAUCUUGCUGUUUCAGGACACGAUGUGUUCCCCCCGUUGCCAGAUCAGGAGCCUACAAGUUCUGAAAAUACAUUGGCUUUGAUGGAUGACUCUGGAUGUGUUUUAUCAAAUGAGCAAAGAAGCGAAUCUGCAGAGUUGUCCCAGCAUGUUGUGGAGAGCUGUAGUCCCCCAUCCCUUCUACCACUGCCUCUUGAGAAAAAGCCGUGCACCACCCUGGAGAAUCCUCCAUCUUGUCACUUGCAGUUCUUGCAACAUCUGCUCGAACUGAAGAAACUGAGAGAAUCCAGUAGUCUGAAAGUGUACCUAACCCACUUUGAAAAAGACUCCUCCACAGUUUCUGAUUCUGUUUCACAGUUGUUAGAUGGCCUGAUCACGUUUUACCGUAACCCGAAACUCCCUUUCUCAAGCUUUUGGACGGAAGCUGUUGCUACAUUAGCUAGACUGGCGAGUGAUUUUAAUUUAUCUAAUCAUAUUCUUAAAAAAUGUUCAAAGAAGUUGGAAGAAUUUGAGAAAACUCUACUUCAGGCUAUUUUAGGGAACAGCAGUAUAAACCGG